AUGUCUCUCACCGCGUACCUCGACAAGAAAGUCACAAUUAUCACGGCUGAUAGCCGCACCCUGGUCGGCACCCUCGUCUCCGCGGACAACCAGACCAAUCUCGUCCUCCAGAACGCCGUUGAGCGCGUGAUCCGACCGGCCGAGGACCCCGAGCCGUCGGUGGAGGUGCCCCUCGGGCUCUACAUAGUCCGCGGCGACAACGUCUGCCUGGUUGGCGUCGUAGAUGAGGAGCUUGACAACUCCAUCGACUGGACGGCGGUCAAGGGUGACGCGAUUGGCGGUAUCAAGCACUCAUAG